AUGUGUCGCACGGUUCACGCAGUCCUACAAACCGUAAUAUGCGGUAUCCAAAUGCUCGUUCGUGUCUUUAUGACCAUCAUAUUAAUGAUAGAGAACUUGAUACGGAUGAUCCUGCAGACAAUGUACAACUUCAUAUCAUUUCUGCUUCAAAUGAUUUCGUUAAUACCAAUAUGUGCAGUGUUCAUGUUGACAGCGAGACUCAAAUGUUUCAUGUGUGGGGGAGGAGGACCGUGCCCAGUCAACAGAGGAGGCGCCUGCGACUGUAUCAUGUCUGCUUUAGCUAUCAUCAUCCUGUUCUUCAUCUUCCGGGCCACCGGAGUCCUUGACAAAAUCUUCUAUAGUAUAGGCUAUAUAAAGACAAAGAGUACAGAACUUAGAUUCGUUCCUACCCCCGGAGAUAUAACUGAAUGUUCACGAAAUGAUACAGAUUACACUGAUACCGAUGAAAUAACAGAUGCUCCGUGGCUGACUAUGGAAUCCACGGUUUUUUAUGAUGUAGUUACUAUAGCUACAUCCAGAGUCGAAGUAAAGCCACUGAAAGAAAAUGAAGAUGAUAUACCUGAACCGAAACCCCAACCGGAAACACCAACGCCAACAAAUUACUAUCUUAUGAUCAAAAAAUUGAUGAGAGCGCAAACACCUACAAUGAGCAAAAAUUGGACUACCAUUAUAUCCUAUAUUGAAGAAUGA